GCAAGGUGAAGGAGGAGAGAAAAAAAAAAGGAGGGGCGGAAAAUGUUCUGAUCACAUGUCCACGAAGUCACUCUGAAAGUAUACUGGCGGGAUGUAACAAUCUUUCUGUCUCAAGGAGCAUCGUCGUCGUUUUGGGGUACGACUCAAACGGCAGCCGACCGGGCCGGGAGAUACGAACGGGAUCACGAGACGAGGGAGUGACGACAACAACCAACCGCUCAAAAAAAAAAAAAAAUGUCAAAUGAGAGCAGCACCCAAACACUCGACAACAGCUCGGCAUCGCUUGUCAACGCCUCGACGCCCACCGACGUGCUGGAGCUGAUCGCGGCCGCCGACCUCGUGUCCUCAGCAAACCACGCGUACUCCUUGCUGGCUGCCACCGCCUUGCUCGCCGGCUGCUUCUUGCUCUACGUCUUGGUGCACACCUAUAGGGCGCGGCGCCGCCUGGCCGAGCUUCUGUGGGCCUUCUGCGGCCUUCAACUGCUGCUCCUUCUCUUCUCCUUCUACAAUGUGGCACACCGACCUCACAGCCUGAAGACGGCGGCGAUAGGCUGCGCCGCGCUUUCUUUCGUCGUCCAUGUCGCGUCGCUCAGCGGCCUGCUGGUCUUGGCGCUGAUGGCUUACAUCCUGGCCCAUGACCCUCCGUCCAACUCUAUUAUAAAGAGGCCUGGCGUCUGCGUGCUGCUGGUGCUCGUGAUAGCGACUUUGGUUUCUCUUCUUCUGGCCGGCACCCGAGGUCCGAGGGACGGUCUUCUCCGGGAGACGGAGUGUUUUAUAGAUCCGAUGGACGCUGGAGUUUCGUACGCCGUGGCAAAGCUGUGCCUGGCUUUUCUGAUCCCUUAUGUUCUCCAACUGGCACUUGUGAUAUGCGGCUGCGUGCUGCAACGCAAAUCACACCGUAGGUUUCUCUCGGGUUCCGACGAGGGUCCGGCGUUCCUGGCGGUGAGCGCCACGCUGCUGUUCUGUCACCUCCUGUACAUGACGGCGCUGGUGAGGGCGGCGCGGCUGCAGGGCGAGGUGAGCCCCCGGGAGAGGGCGUUGCUGAGCGUGGCCGAGCUGGUCUUCUUCGCGGGGAGCGGCGCCAGCCUGGUGCUCGUGCCGUUCACACACCGGCCCAGUCGAGAGAGUCUUCGCGCAAUGUUCAGGCGGAUGGCCGACUGCUGCCCGCGUGCGGCGCGCGCUCAGCCAAACAGGAACAUCAUCACGCCGCAUGUCGAGAUCACAGACACCCUGCAGGACAUUGAGUCGUAGCGCUCCCAAACGCAAUGACUCAAAUUUUUCAAAAGCACAAAAUGUUUGUAGGAGACUGCUCUCUAUUUUUUCCUCAAAUGCCUCUUUGGAUUGGUCAAUCUUAUACAAUGGAGUCAAAACAAAUAUGAUGGUCACACAGACAGAUAAAUAUAUAUAUUAAACGUGUCAAACCUGAA